AACAGUUCCGCGGAGUGUUUCUGCGCCUCUCAGCCCGGGCUUUGCGUUCUGCUGUGCCGGGCACAUCUCUCCAGCACUAUGCUCCUCACACAUGCCGCGUGGGACAAUAAAGCUGUGCGGGAUUUGUUUCUUCGGCUUGUAGACGUCCGUUACAGUCUCUGCUUUCACCGCCUGGCACGUGUCUGUGCCGAGUUUCAGGCGGGGGCAGCAGCUUUCGUGCAUUUCUCGUGAGGAUGACCCACUCGGAUUUACUGUUCUUUGCCGCUUCAGCUUCCUUGUGAUCUCACUGCACUUCGCUACGAUGACAGCCUGGCGGGAGGCGAACGCGCUUUAGGAUGAAAGCCGUGACGCGUCUGUCUCUGCUGCUCAGCUGCUGGACUCUGGUUCACCUGCAUCCCGGCCCCACGGCGCGUGUCCGCGCAGGUCCUCCGGUAAUCAGAGGAGAGGCGUCCAGGACGAUCAGCUCAGGGCGCACGGAGCCCGUGCGCUCCCGACUGCCCGGCGGGGAUGCGUACGAUAAGGCGCACGCUCCCGCUGCCAUUAACGCACACGCACGAGCGGGUGGAGGAGGUGGAGGUUCAUCGGGGAGAAGUUUGGGAAAAGUUGCGGCCGCGGCGGUGCGCACCUCGUCCCCGCAGAGAGCCCGCAGCGCGCCGGCUCCGGCGGCGCAGCGGGGGGCCGCGAGCCACAAACAGCCGCUCGUGACGCCGCACGACUACAUGCUCGCGCUGUACUGGUCUCUCUCCAGCGGUGACGUCAACGGCAGCACGUUGCACGAGGCCGGCCUGGCCAACACCAUCACGAGCUUCGUGGAUAAAGGGCAAGAUGAACGUGGGCCCCAGCUGCGACGGCAGAGGUAUCAUUUCAACAUCAGCUCCCUGGAACGGGACGGGCUCCUGGGGGCCGAGCUACACAUCCUGAGGAAGCGCCUGCCUGACCCUCGCAGAGUCUUGAUAGGCUACAGAGGAGGAGAAGGAGGAGGAGUCCCGUCACCGCUCCUAAGGCUGUACACCUGUGCUUCAGGCAAACAAAAGGCCGUUCUUGUCCAGAUGAAGACCGUAGAGGAUCUGUUCAGCAGCACAUGGGAAGUGUUUGACGUAUGGAAGGUCUUCAGGGGCAUCAAAACCCAGAAAGGCCAGCAUUCCCAGGAGCUGUGCUUUGAACUGGAAGCGCUGGAGCACGGAGGCGGUCGCCCCAUGGACCUUCGCGCUCUGGGAUUCGCUCGACACGGCAGGACCAACAAGGAAAAAGCCUUCUUUUUGGCUUUUGGGAAAAGCAAGAAGCGUGACCUUUUUUACAAAGAGAUCAAAGCGCGGUCAGGCCACGACAACAAAACAGUCUACGAGUACCUGUUCACCCAGCGACGGAUGAGACGGGCACCUGCUGCGAGGGGAGCCAAAAAACCCGCGCAGCAGUCCCUGCCACAGCCCAUAUCCCAGCACCAGACGGUGAAGGCCAGGCUGCGCUGCCACCGGAGACGGCUCCACGUCAACUUCAAGGAGAUGGGCUGGGACGACUGGAUCAUCGCGCCACUAGAGUACGACGCCUAUCACUGCGAUGGCGCCUGCGAUUUCCCCAUCCGCUCACACCUGGAGCCGACCAACCACGCUAUCAUACAGACCCUGAUUAACUCCAUGGACCCGGAGUCAACGCCACCCACUUGCUGCGUCCCGACACGGCUCAGCCCAAUCAGCAUCCUCUACAUCGACUCGGCCAAUAACGUCGUCUACAAGCAAUACGAGGACAUGGUGGUGGAGUCGUGCGGGUGCAGGUAGCAGACACAGCAAAGACCUUUCAAUAUUAUAUUCAAAGCUAAAACUGGAGUUGGUAUUUCAGGCUCACUGCUAUGCAACGCACAUUACUCCUCACACUCAAGUGGGCUUACAAGAAUGCAUACCAGAGACUAUUUAAGACUAAACAGAUGAAGAUAAACUCACGGAGGUGAUGUUCUGAAACGCCCACUCACUAAAACUUGCGUGUAAUGUUGAUGUUGGUAGUGAUGAGCAAUAUGCAUCCAAUACAAUCCAAAUAAUGGAAACACGACCCGAUGGAAAAAAGACUCGUUUGGACUGUUUCGUACGGACUUUUUCCUUCUUCUUAGAUUUGUAUCAAUUUGCUGAUUGUUGUAAAGAGUUUAAAAUGCUUGGAAAAAUGAAGUGUUAUACUUAAAAAUGCUCUUUUCCAGCACUUAUCUGAUGAAGUCAUUUGUAUGCCUUAUCCAAGACCUUUUUGUAAAGCAUGUCAAGAAUUUCUGAUGUAUAAAUACGAGCCAGGGAUGAAGUGCUCAUCUGACCUGCUCCAAAUUUGGGAAAGCUGCAUAAACUCGUGUUCAAUAAAAAAAAUGUCUAAUUGACUGAGCUCCAAACUCCUAUCAGUGAAAACCUCUGCCCCCCACCCCCUCGAGGAUCUGCAGACUAAACUAUCGGAGGAAUUUGUGAGAUUUACAGCUGCCAAAUUUACAAUUUAACCCAGGAAUGACUGUUUGAUGUGGAACAUGAGUGUUUUACUUGGCUGGCUUGAUAAACUGUUGCAAGGUCUAGUUAAAAUUACGAGGAGUUAGGUUUUUUAACUUUGUGCCUAUUAAAGGGGACCUGUUCUGCUCAUUUCCAGCUCCAUCUCUUUAUUAUAGACUCUACAAGUAGAUUUGCAGGCGCUCAAUUCAUCAUCUGGGUGACUACAUAAAAGAUGGUCAAAGCCUCGGUGAUGUAACCCACUGGGCUGUGGAUUCCACGUUUUGAAAUCUCAGUGUCAGCAUUUUUCCUUUGGAGCCAGAGCUGACCGUAAAUUAUCAGCUGCAUUAAUAAAUUGUACAUAUAUCUGCAAGUUAGCACUAAGCCCCAUAAAAUAAGAUAAGAUAAGAUAAAAUUGGUGCACAGACAUCUCGGACGAUCUGGCUAACCACAGAGAUCAUUGCAUCACUCCGACAUGUGCCUUACUCCAAAAGUGACUAACAGCACAAACUGGUCCAGAGAUCCAGUUCAACUUCAGUUACCCAAAUUAUUUCUGUAGCACGCUGUAAACAUCUUCGUUACUGCUUUAAAUUAGCACUUUGGAGACAAAAUUAUCUUUGUUUUGUACUAUUGCCAAGACUCAGGAGACCAGUUUUAAAAAGACAGCUCUGUUUGCACAGGGUUAGGGCCAGCUGAUGACCUCAGAGGGGGUUCAUACUGGCGUUUGUGGGGACUGACUGGUUUUGGAGCAAGCCUCAAGGGUUUCAUCGCCACUUGAAGAAGAACCAGUUAGACCAAUUAUGUAAGUCAUAAAACAAAUGAACAGCCGGAGCAGACUUACAACACAACAGUUACAAGUAACUAGAUCCAGAUAAGCUUAAGAAACACUGUCAGCUCACUAAUAAAUGCAUCACUGCAUCCAUCCCGGGCGCCUGCAGCUCACGAGGUAGAGAAGGUCAUCUGAUUGGCAGGUUGGUGAACAGAUGCCUGGCUGCUCCAGCCUGCAUGCCAAAUAUCCUAAACCAAGGAUCUGUCGGAGUGAUGUGAAGCACCUAAGCAUGGAAGAAACCGCUUGUAUGAAUGGCUGUGAAUAAGGCACGAGGUAUGAAGCGCUUUAUAAGAACAAGUCCGUUUAGCAUCCGUCCAUCCACCCUCAGCUGCUGCUCUGAGCCUGGGCUGUGGAUACUAUAGUGUUGGCAGAGAUGCCCAGACCUCGCUCUGCUCCAGCAUUUCCAAUGGGACUCUCAGGAGUCUGUCCGACCCAGGUUCUUCUUCUGGUUGUGCAUGCUCAAAAUAUAUCAUAUAACCAUAUACUGUCAUAUAUUUAUUUAAUAUAUUUAAUAUUGUAGAUUUUCUCAUUUCCUCACAA